AUCGAAGGAGGGCGACCUGUGGUGGCAGAUAUUCAUUACAUGGGAGUUGGCAAUCCUCGGCGUGGAGCGGACAGCUCCAGCAAGAUUUUGUUUCAGUAUGCUGCGCGUCAUGAUCCUCUGACAAUUGAAGAGUUGAUUGAAGCUAUCCGGUCAGACGAUGGUGAUAGAGACGUGUCCAUGUAAAUGAUCAUUCAUUUUCGAAAUUUCGCCGAGCUGCCAACUGCCAGCUCAGAAAUAAGUGGUUCGCUGAGCUGGCAUGCUGAGCUGGCGGAUAGUGAGCUGCCCUGGCAUGCUGAGCCGGCGGAUGGUGAGCCGCGCUGGCAUUCUUCUACGCAGGAGGCAUUACUGUUAACUGUGCCGCGGACUGUUGCAGAACAGGCUGUUGUGCUGACUGGAACUUUUGAUCAUGAUUGGUCAGACGGUGCGCUGGGCUGGUGGGCUGAGUCGGCAGAUAUUCAGCUGAGCUGGCAUUUUAUGCAGGAGGCAUUAUUGUUAAGUGUGUGGGCACCGUUGCAGACGUGGUUGUUGCGCUGACCUGGCGCUUUUGUUGAUGAUUGGUUUAAUAUGUCGGCUAAUACGGAGGCUCGUUUCAUAAGCCAGUGGUCUUCUGCAGAAAGUCACACCACCGUCACAUGAUGAGCACACGACCCUCGGCCCAAGCACAUGGGCAUGGCGUUUAUACAUACUUUCAGCAGCCGGAUGUGGCACACGUUCUUUUCUUCUUUUCUAGAAGCCCAGUGGCCGAACAAGAUUCAAUCCCUUCAUCUACAGCAUGAUACAUAGAACGGUAACUGACUAGGCUAGCUUGUUCUUUUUUUCUUUCUAGAAGUCCAGUGCCGGAAUCAAGAUUCGAUCCCUGGAUCUGCAGCGUGAUACAUAGCACGGUAACCUACCAGUGGCAGAAUCAAGAUUCGAUCCCUGU